AUGGAGGCGGCGCGGCAGCGCUACGAGGCCGCCAUCACAGCAAGGAAUUGCACCGGCCUGAUGUUGAUAGACCGCAGUGACGAGCUGUCGGUGCUGUUUGAGCGCUGCCACGCGCUGGAGGCGCGCCUCAAGGCCGGGGCCGUCGCCAUGGGACAGCGCGAGUGCGAGGUCCAAGCUUUGAAGCUGCAGGUGUCUGAGCUGGAGCGGUCUGUCGCGGCCACGCGCAAGUGCCUGCCGGAUGUCGACGGCGUUGACGAGGAGGUGGCUGCGCUCAAGGCGGGGCUGCUGCUGUCCCAGCGCGACGCAGAGGCGCUGUCGCUGCGGCUGGAGGACCCCGGGAACGCGGCGCGCUGCCGCAUGCUGGGGGGACGCGUGCCGGACAGGGAGGAGCUGGUGGCACGGCUGCAGUGCCCUCUGGACUCGGAGUCUCCCCUGCCCCACCCCACCGGCGGCUUGGCCCUCAUUCACCCCGGCCAGACCCUGGAGGAGCGGCUGGGCAUGAAGAAGGAGGAGCUGGUGGAGAAGACCGUCGUGCUGGACGAGGUGUCUGCGCUCACGGAGGAGCUGCGCUGCCGCGCGGCCGACACGCGCGGCGCGCGCUGCGAGGCGUCCCACGCCGCCAACGCAUACCAGUCGCGGCUGCGGACGGUGACGGGGCGCAUCAUGGCCGCCAUCAGCGAGCUGUCGCUCUACCAGGCGACCGCCCUGAAGCUGCACAGCGAGCGGGCCGCCCUGCAGCAGCUGGUGGAGGCGGCGCGGCAGCGGCUGGCGGAGGGCCUCGCCCCCACAGAGGACUCGGAGGGCGAGUGGCAGCGGCUGCAGCGGGAGGCCGCGACGGUGGCGGAGCUGCAGCAGCGGCGCGCGGAGGAGGAGUCGUACCUGGACGCCAAGUGUCAGGUGCUUGAGACCUCUGCGGAGCCGCGGCCCAACGCGUACGUGCCGGACGACCUGGGGAUACCCAAGCCCUACGGGGCGUUUGCGCCGUUCAAGCCGAGCGCGCCCGGCGCCACAAUGCGCCACACGCGCGCGCCGGUCCCGCGGGAAAUCGUCAUAUGA